UCAGGCUUGAAAUUUCAGGUUGGCGUGUCUCAGCCCCGAGAAGGGGAGGGCCAGACACAGUUACACGGAAGAGAAGCGGCCACAGAGAGGCGAGGACAAGAAAGCUGCUUCUCGUCCUCUCUCACCAUUCCUUCCAGGGUGCUUGCGGUCAUCUCCCUGGGACUCAGAGGCCAAAACAGAGUGACCCUUGUUCUGCAACAGUGACCCUCCUCCUGGCCAUCGGGGGCAGGCUGAUGGCCGCUGCACUGGACAUGGAGUUGGAGAGAAGGGGACUGAAUGAUGUCGUGGAGGAGGAGGACAAGGAGAGAGGGAAAGAAGGGGAACAGAAAGCUUCCACCUGUUGUGACAGAGUCCACGAGUUCAUCUCCAAAUGGAUGCUUCCUGAAGACGCCCGAGGAACUUACCUCGAGAGAGCCACCUGCAUCCCACCCCCUCUGUUCAUCAUCAUCAUCAGCUUAGCUGAGCUAGCCGUUUUCAUUUAUUACGCUGCCUGGAAGCCCCAGAAACAGUGGAUCACCCUGGACACCGGCAUCUGGAACAGCCCUUUCAUUUACCGGCCAGACAAGAGAGAAGAAGCCUGGAGAUUUGUCUCUUACAUGCUAGUGCAUGCCGGUGUUGAGCACAUUGUGGGAAAUCUCUUCAUGCAGCUCCUUCUGGGGAUUCCUUUGGAAAUGGUUCACAAAGGCCACCGAGUGGGACUAGUUUACUUGGCUGGAGUGAUCGGAGGUUCUCUUGCCAGCUCAAUCUGUGACCCGCUUCAAGCUCUGGUGGGCGCUUCAGGAGGCGUCUAUGCCCUGAUAGGCGGAUACUUUAUGAAUGUUUUAGUGAACUUUAGGGAAAUGAUUCCUGUGUUUGGAAUCACCAGACUGUUGAUCAUCAUCUUCAUUGUUGUGUUCGAUAUGGGCUUUGCGCUGUACCGAAGGUUCAUUGCUCCUGUGACAGGUCCCUCGGUAUCCUUCGUGGCUCACAUUGCAGGGGGACUGGCUGGGAUGUCCAUAGGCUACACUGUGUUCAGCUGUUUCGACCAAGCUCUGCUCAGAGAUCCGAGGUUUUGGAUGGCCAUCGCUGCCUACUUGCUUUGUUUCUUAUUCGCUGUGGCUUUCAACAUCUUUUUAUCGCCGGCGAACUGACGAGGAAACCACCUGGGAGAACACGGAGAAGACUUUGAAGGAUCCCAGAGAGAUUCCAUCAGUUGUUAACUGGGGACUCAAAUCUGAGCCAGAGAGGACUGAAGAAGAGU